CAGCGCGCAGGCGCGGGAGGGAGGCCUCGGCGGCGAGCUCGCCCUCGACGUGGGUGCGCAGGUGCCCGCCGUUCCUGUGCCUGGAGCCCAGCGCGAGGGGGCUGGCGACCCUCCUGGCAGUGCCCGUGACCUGACCGUGCUCCGUGAGGGGCGCCUCAGUGCUGACGGAGGCUUCCCUUCCGCAGGUGCAUCUCGCCCUUGCGCCUCAUCAUCCAGGAGCGGUGCCCUGCGCGCAGGCGGGGCCCAUGUGCGGCAGAGAGCCCAGGCCGUGAUGUCCAGAGAGCCCUGGCCUCUGAUCUCGCUGUGGAGUGCCUGCUUCCUGGGACUGCGUGGAUAGAUGCUCACAAAAGCACCAUCACAGCUGAGGGCUGGGAGUGUCCAGUGGUGGGGAGACGGGGCUCCCAUGUGGUCAUGGGGGUGGUCAGGGAAGGCUUCUCUGAACAAUGGGUAGGAGUCGACCAGGCCAAGAAAGGAGGGAGAAGCACCUGAGAAGAGAGGGUAAUGGGAUGAAGGCUGUUGGAACUGGAGUGUAAGGAAAAGUGGGAUGGUGGGGGAGGUAGGAUUUCAGGUGUUCUUGGCAAUAAGUUGUUAUAAAGCAUUAGCAAAACUGACUUGAGAAGAGGUAGAAACUAGAGGCAGAGCAGGGCCGCCAUGUGUGAGCAGAGGUUCUCCGCGGAAAUGCCGGAAUGAAUGGCUGAGGACGGCUGGAUGGACGGGUAAUGGCAUAAAAAGACCCACAAUGUCCACCAUCUCUCUGGACAUAGACGACAAGGAAAUUUCCUGUGUGGACCUCAAGCCACUGAUGGUGCUCAUCUCAGUCGGCUGCGACUUGAACCAGAAAGUGAGAAAGAGCUCAAAAAUCAAACCAGUGGGGCUCAAAAUGCCGAAAGGAAACAUGCCCGAGUACCCAGUUCUGGGUGGCGUCGGGCAGCUUCUCGCCGUCCCUUGUUGCUCACAGGGAGGUCUCGGCCUGCUACAAGGGCAUUCUGGACACCAUGGCCCUGAGUGACAGUUACAGCUACGUCAUUGAGAGGGACGCCUACGACCCCAACUUCAGGGGGCAGAAGGCCACUAAGGACCAGGUGGUGCACUACCCGUACGACAGGCUGGGCUGCCCCGACCUCGUCUACUACGACACCCCAUGGAAGCCCGUGGUGGAGAUGUGGCGGAAAGGAAAGUUCCAGGAGGUGGUCCACACGGAGUACGUCCUGCUGGAGGUGAACGGGCUGUUCACGUACACGUACUCCCUGAGCGCCCGCAGCGCGCUCUGCAGGGCCCAGCCGCAGAACUGGACCACCGUCAUGCAGCCCGCGGGCGGCGAGGGGCGCUCGGCCUGGCACCGGGAGGUAAGGCCGCCUUCCGUUCCCACAAGAGGUCCCGGCGACACGUCGUGGGCGGCCAGGUGGCGGCCGCUGGUCACACCCACUGUUCGGGGACGGGCUCCGUGCGCUGCGGCUCCUGUGCCCCCACCACAGAUUAGGGCCGUGCGACCGCAGACGCCCGCUCCCCGCGGUCCCGGAGGCCGGGGGCCCAAGGCCACCGUGACGGCAGCGUCGGUGUCCGGGCCGGGCCCACCUCCGGGCCUGCAGACGUGCUUCCCGCCGCACCCAGAACGGAGAUUAUACUCUAACUUGAUAGGAAGAAACCGCAUGUUCUACAAAACUUCCCUUCCCCAGGGCUGAUGAAAGAAAAAACAGUAACGGGACAAUCUCUUAAACGCAGCCGGCGCGCUGCUUUGAGCCCGAGAGCCUGUAAAAAGCAUGCAAGUGCAGCCCCCGGCACGGCCAUGCAGUACUGAUUCGACAAAGGCCACACAGGUGUCCACACAGGGGUGGCGCUCCGUGGGAUCCGGGGAGAGGUGCUCGCGCCACACUGAACGUGCGAGAUGCCGGAGUGGGCGGCCCCCUUUGAAACGGUU